AUGAGGGUAGCUAGAGGAAGAACAGCCUGUGGGACAAAGGCCUUGGUCUCUGAAGGGCCCCUGUGGAGGAACUCUUUUCUGGACUGUUCACAGCAGGGUGGAAAUGACAGUUUUUAUAGACGGUUCAUGCCCAUGCGGGAAAGAAAUCGAGAGAGGCAUAAAUCACCCCGGAGUAAAGAUGGCAGAGGGUCAGAAAAAUCUGUCACCAUUCAGGCUCCCACCGGAGAGCCCCUCCUGGCAAAUGACUCUAGUAGAACUGAGGAAGUCCAGGAUGACAACUGGGGAGAGACCACCACGGCCAUCACAGGCACCUCAGAACACAGCAUCUCUCAGGAGGACAUUGCUCGCAUCAGCAAGGACUUGGAGGACAGCGUGGGUCUGGAUUGCAAGCGCUACCUGGGCCUCACUGUGGCCGCCUUUCUGGGACUUCUAGUUUUCCUCACCCCCAUUGCCUUCAUCCUCCUGCCUCCCAUCCUGUGGCGAGACCAGCUGGAGCCUUGUGGCACCAUUUGUGAGGGACUCUUCAUCUCCGUGGCCUUCAAGCUCCUCAUUCUCCUCAUUGGCACCUGGGCCCUGUUUUUCCGCAAGCAGAGAGCAGACAUGCCACGGGUGUUCGUGUUCCGUGCCCUCCUGCUGGUCCUCAUCUUCCUCUUCGUUGUGUCUUACUGGCUUUUUUAUGGGGUCCGGAUUUUGGAUUCUCGGGAUCGCAAUUACCAGGGCAUCGUCCAGUAUGCGGUGUCCCUGGUGGAUGCUUUGCUCUUCAUCCAUUACCUGGCCAUCGUCCUGCUGGAGCUCAGACAGUUGCAGCCCAUGUUCACACUCCAGGUGGUUCGUUCCACAGAUGGCGAGUCCCGUUUCUAUAGCUUGGGACACCUAAGUAUUCAACGAGCAGCACUGAUGAUUCUGGAAAAUUACUAUAAAGAUUUCACCAUCUAUAACCCCAACCUCCUAACAGCAUCCAAAUUCCGAGCAGCCAAACACAUGGCAGGUCUGAAAGUCUACAAUGUUGAUGGUCCCAGCAACAAUGCCACAGGUCAGUCCCGGGCUAUGAUUGCUGCAGCUGCUCGUCGCAGAGACUCAAGCCAUAAUGAAUUAUACUAUGAAGAAGCUGAACAUGAAAGAAGGGUGAAGAAGCGAAGAGCAAGGCUAGUGGUUGCAGUAGAAGAAGCUUUCAUCCAUAUCCAGCGUCUCCAGUCUGAAGAGCAGCAGAAAGCCCCUGGAGAAGUGAUGGACCCCAGGGAGGCAGCACAAGCCAUCUUCCCCUCCAUGGCACGGGCUCUGCAGAAGUACCUGCGCACCACACGACAGCAACACUACCAUAGCAUGGAGAGCAUCUUGCAGCACCUGGCCUUUUGCAUCACCAACAGCAUGACCCCAAAGGCCUUCCUGGAGCGGUACCUCCGUGCAGGCCCCACGCUGCAAUAUGACAAAGAGCGCUGGCUCUCCACGCAAUGGCGACUUGUGAGUGAAGAGGCUGUGACGAACGGACUGCGAGAUGGCAGCGUUUUUGUCCUAAAAUGCUUAGACUUCAGCCUCGUGGUCAAUGUGAAGAAAAUCCCCUUCAUUGUCCUCUCUGAGGAGUUUAUAGACCCCAAGUCUCACAAAUUCGUGCUCCGCUUACAGUCUGAGACGUCGGUUUAAGAGGUUUAUAUUUGUGGCUUUAUAAAAAAAAAGAAAAGAAAAGAAAUAUAUUAAGAUAUAUAUGUAUACUGGAGGGACAUCUUUUUUUUUUUAUUAAUUUUUUCAUUGCUGACUACAACUGACCAGUACCUUUUGACCAUCUGCACUUUAUUUGGAAGUAUGCAGGGGCUGUCCACCCUAGCCAAGAAGGGAUUCAUACUAUUUUGCUUGCAUGGACAGGACGUCUCCAGUUGAUCCCUGGAAUGUCUGUGACAGCUAUAAACCAAAGCAGAGCUGCUUCUCGAAGCCUUGCCUUAGUCUCUGCCUUCGUCCAUCCCAUGUCCUCUGCUUCGGGCCCAUCUACUUGAGAUUCGCAGGGAACAUGUCUUUCUUCUUGUUUCAGGAAACCAGACAUGACAUGUCCACCUACAUCUCUAUGGAUGUUAUUGUCCAGUGUCAUGUCCCCUAUGAUCAUUUUCCCCG